AGGGAAGUCGGCAGUGCGAUACAGAAGAGUGCGAACAUAGCAUGAAAAACCCUAUCUGUCUGAUGCUCGCUCUUCUUUGCGGAUUUCUUUGAAACAAAAACACUUCAAACACAAACAAUUUCCAAAACUUUUGCUUCUUUAACAACAACAACAACUACAAACAACAACAGCAACAACAAGAACAUUGAUAGCAACAACAACGACCACAUCUCAACAGCAAAAGCCUACUCUAACAAAAACACACAUACCCAAAGAAUUUCCCCAGUGGCAAUCUCAACGGAAUAUUUACUGAACUCAAUCACAGGAAUAUUGUUAAGAACAAACAGCGGGACCGCAAGUGCAUUUUCAUUCAGUAAAUAGCAAAAGAAGCCACGCCCAUAAAGGAGCAAGAGUAGCCCAAAAACACCAACAAAACAACAAAAAAAAAUGGCGGCUUUUAUAGCGAAACAAAUGGUUGGAAACCAAUUAAGUGCCGUUAAAGAUGCUGCAGGCGGAGGUGAUGGCGGUGAUGAUGGCGAUGACAAGGAAAAGGCAGAGGAGGAGGAGAGAGAGCGUCAGGAGGCCAUACGUGAGGCUGAAGAGCGACGCAAGGAGAAGCACCGGAAAAUGGAGGAAGAGCGUGAAAAGAUGAGACAGGACAUACGCGAUAAGUACAAUAUCAAGAAGAAAGAGGAAAUCGUUGAAGCGGCACCACAGGAAGAGCCUAACCCAUUGAUGAGGAAAAAGAAGACGCCCGAAGAGUUGGCCGCCGAGGCAGAGCAGGAGGAGCUCGACGAUUUUACAAAACUGAAAAAUCAAAUAGAAACGCAAGUAAAUGAGCUAAAAACCCAAAUAGAGGGAAAAUGUGUCAUGCAGUGAUAUGUCAGUCAGUCAGUCAUCAUAAUACUAACUAAAAAUAAAUACAGCAACAACCAAAAAUAAUAACAAUAAUAAUACGCAAAACGCAAAUGAGAUUAAAUCAAUGCAAAUAAUAAUACUAUAAUAAUAAUCUAUGCCCAUAUUCAACUGAUUUCAAUCAUCUCUAAAUUGAAUUUGUUGAUAUGAGUAUUGAGACCUGUUAAGUUAAUGCCACGGAACCGAAAUACCGGAGAAGAAAUCACAUAAUACUAAUAAUGAUCUAAAACUAAAUACAAAAGUGCAUAAUAAUAUAUGCCACAUGCCAUAUUAAAAGUAACACACACAGUAUAUAACUCGGCAUAAUUCGGCAGCAAUAAAUUUAUGGAUAAAAUGUUAAACUACGGCCGAUAUCAAUCGAAUAAAUAUAUAUAUACAUAUAUGGAGCAUUAUCCUAUAUCAAUAAAUUCGAUUAUAACAAUUCUAAUCCAAAAUGAAAUGCCCAUAUUUGACAAAAAGAAAAAACAAAAUGCGAGCAGGACGGUGAAAUCCUAUUGAAUUUUAAAAUAAAGUAGUUAAAACAUAAACCAAAUUAUGUAUAAACGAAAUAUAGUAAACGCCUUUAAAAAACAAAAAAAUAAUAUUCAAAUCACUUUUGCUUCGAUGGUAAUGUAAUAUACUCAAAACGAAAAAAAAAACAAAAAAACACAAAAAAAAAAAUAUACAAAAAUACAUAAACGUUGUUUAGUUGAAUAACAUUUAAUUCAAAACCCCCUCUCCCCACCCCAAAAAACAAAAACCAAAAAAAAACUAACUAACCACAAGCGAAUGGUACGACAGAGGAGGAGGUUCCUGAUUCAUGUCAAACCGUCGAGAAAAAUGUUGCUGAAAUCACUUUUUUGGACUUGAAAUAUCCCAUACACCGAUAUGGUAUGAGAUAAUGAAUUAAAUCGGCGCAUAUACAUAUAUUGUAAUUUCGAUGACAAAAUUUGUUUAGUUUUUGGUUCAGAAAACGUAUUAUAUAUUGUAUAUUCUCAAAUGAAAAUCAAAUUGACUGCAGAUAACCGUUGAUAUACAUACAAAAAAAAAAAUGCUGGGUACUCGAUAACAAAGAAAAAACAAAACAAAAAACAUUCUCUCGUCACAGUUAAUUUAUAAUUGUUAUGAAACUCAAGAUAACAAUAUGUUCUUUAACAGCUAUUACAUUUUGUUUCUUUCUCUAUAUAUAUAUAUACUAAACUAACUAACUAAACUUUUUAAUUGAGCCAAAAAAAAAACCAACAAAAAUACGAACAAACAAUUAUGAAAACUUCUUCAACAA